AUGCGCCACACUCUGCACGUCCUGUUGCUGUUGCUGCUGCUCUGCUGCUGCACCACUUCUUUUGCCACCGCCGAGCAUCGCUGCAUAUUUGACCGCAUUUCUCGCAAGGCUGGGCCCCCGAUGAGGGCAGUUGUGCGUGAAUUGCCGGGGCGGGAGCGUGACGGGACGCAGGUGUUGACUGCCUCUGUGGCCGACUGGGCGCCCCUCCGUUUUAAGGUCUUCUCGGAGGACAUGAACAAUGCUUCCAGGUACUGCACCGCUGCGGGAGAGUUAAGCUUGGACUUGGAAGGAGGAAUCCAUGCGUGCCAGCAGCAGGAUGUUCUUACGGCCAAGAAAAAGUCCAUCAUCUUGAAUCAGAUGCUUCCCCGAGCCAUACAGCUGCACAUGGAUCGUCUCCACGUUCAACCGGAGAAGCGCCCAGUGAUUGUUCCGAAUUUUUCGUCUGAAACACUAUGCAGUAAUUUUGAAAUACCCAGCUCCCACCACACGAGGGGUGUGCCCGGCGCGGACAUGGUUUUGUACGCCGCUGCUGCCCCGAUUCAAGGCACUACUAUUGCGUGGGCAGUGGGGUGCUCCGUGUUGCCCAGUGGACGUCCUGCGGUCGGGGUGAUAAAUUUUGGCCCGUAUUCAGUCACCGAUUCGGAAUUCGGUGUUCGUAUUGCGGCGCAUGAAAUCGCGCACACGCUUGGGUUUGAGAUGCGCUUUUUUGAUGCCAGGAAUAUGACACAGACGAUACCUGAGGUUCGUGGAAAGGAGAAUGUGGUCGUUGUGUCUUCACCCAAGACGCUGGAAAAGACUCGUGCGCACUUCAACUGCACAAGUGCCCCUGGAAUGGAGCUGGAGGAUGAGGGUGGGGGUUCAACGGUAUCAUCGCAUUGGAAGAGACGCAACGUAAAAGACGAGCUGAUGGCUGGACUUCCCGGUGCCGGCUACUACACGGCGCUGACGAUGGCUGUUUUUGAGGACAUGGGCUUUUACAGGGCGCAGUGGAGCAUGGCGGAACAGAUGCCAUGGGGCAACAACUCCGGCUGCGAACUGCUGACGGAGAAGUGCCUGACUAAUGGCACCACCCAGUACCCAGAAAUGUUUUGCGACUCCACAUUCUAUCUUCCGGAAUGCACAUCGGAUCAUUUUGCCGUGGGGAGGUGUAGUAUUUAUGGCUACAACAGCCCCCUUCCAGCACAGUUUCAGUACUUCACGGAUCCCAGAGUCGGCGGGCUCCUUGGCGACCUAAUGGACUACUGCCCCUACAUUAAAGAGCAAGAACACACGGGGUGCAUCGAUGGUGACGCAGACGUUAUGCGUGGAAGCCGCAUUGGCCUGGUGUCAAGGUGCUUAAAAACAGAUGGGCUGCGUGAUUCUGUUGGCCUCAUUGGGGAUGUGUGCGCUGAGGUGUCGUGCAGCAACGACACGGUGAGUGUGCGGUACCUUGCUGAUGACACCUGGCAUGCAUGCCCAGAGGGCGGCACUAUCACACCAACUGGGCCGGUGUUCAAGGGGGGGAACAUUGUGUGCCCGAGGCGCAUUGAAGUGUGUUAUGCAUACGAAUCAGGCGAUGGUGGUGUCGAUGCGAGUCAGUUGGCGUCGAUUUUCUCCUCAAUUUUAGUGGUCCUGCUGGUCACGGUUUUAGUAUUAAUGUGUUGA